GUUGAAGAAAGGAGAUUGUCUUCAUCCUCCGUUUUCCAUCAUGAAGCUUGUUGGUGCUGCGUUGGUUCUGCUGGCCAUCAGUGGCUGUUCGACUGAAGUCGUGCAAGAUUUUACUAGUUGCGGAGAUUUUUUUGCCAACCCAGAUGAAGUCGCAUCUCCACCAACUAGAUUUUAUGGUUCUCAGUACAAGCAAAUCUGCCAGACUCUUGAAGGUGAAGUUAAAUAUGCUACAUUUUAUGACACAACCAACAAGAUCCUGGUGUACUCAGCCUACAGGUUUUUGCGUGAUGAUGACUGUAAGAAAAAGGCUAGGAAAGAUUCAUGGUUUAUUGAACCUCAGCUUUACCAGCCAAAUGAAGAUAGAAACAUGGCACUUCAGGGAAGAGUACCCUACUGGAAAUGUGGAAUCGAACAGGCUCUGAAUAGAGACUAUGCAAGAUCUGGUUACGAUAGAGGGCACCUGGCUCCAGUCUCUCACACCAAUACACAGAGCUGCUCUGAUGCCACCUUUACUCUCACCAACGCCGCCCCACAAGAUCCUAAAUUCAAUAAAGGUCAGUGGUGGAAAACUGAACUGGAAGUUUCUGGCAUCCUGCAAAAUGAAUGUUUGAAUAGGGGUCUGUCUGCUUACAUAGUUACUGGUGUGGUACCAGGUAAUAAAAAUAUAAAUAACAGAGUGAACGUGCCCAGUUACUUCUGGACAGCCUACUGCUGCCUUGAUAACAAUAAGAAACCUAAAGUCUCAGGUGGUUAUUAUGGAGCAAAUGUAAACAACCCUGUGAAUAAAGUGUCAGUGAGUGUGCUCGAGAGUUUUCUGUCAAAUGAGUAUAAAAACGGUCCGUUCAAGUUGUUUGGUACUGGAUGCUAUGUGAAUGAUCGAGGCAGUACUGAGGCUUUUAAUUUGGACAGGUCCAGGACAGGGUUAUUUAUUAAGAAAGAUUAUGAUAGAGGUUUUGGUUCUGCUAGUUCCAGAGAAAGAUCUAGAAUUGAACGCAUUUGUGCCCAACAUUUCGCUUCUGCUAGUUCCAUGCCAAGAUCACCUAUUGAGGAACAUUAUCCUAGACGUUAUGCUCCUGCUAGUUUCAGGCUAAGAUCACCUACUGAUGAAAGGUGUGCUAGAUAUUUUGCUUUUGCAAAUUCCGGGACAAGAUUAAGAUUUGAACGCAUGUGUGCUAACCGUUAUGGUUUUGCUAGUUCCAGGCUAGGAUCACCUGUCGAGGAAGAUCAUUCUGGACAUUUUGGUUUUGCAAAUUCCAGGCCAAGAUCAAGAACUGCUGACAUUUGUGGCAGAUAUUUCCAUUUAGUUAGUUCCAGGCCAGAAAGAAUUGAGGAAGAUGAUGAUUAUUGAUUUGGAUUUGCUAGUUAUAGGUCAGGAUCAGUAAUAAGGAGAUUAUACUAGUUGCUUUGGUUGAGCUCGUACAUUUGUCAUCACCGGUUCAAACCAAAUAUGUUUAAUGAUUAAAGCUUAACAGACUAAUAAAACUCAGAAAUCAGUAAUGUGAUCAACAUAAUGUUUUUUAUUUUCAUUAUUAAUCAAUGUGUGUCUAUCUGUGAAUUUUAAUACAAUUAAUCAUUUAUCACCAGAUUGUACUUUAAUAUUGUUCUUGUUU